AUGGUGAUUUAUUCCAUCCUCCUUGCCGAUUUGAAAGUCGAGUGCUGUUCCAACACCACUGAGGUUCACUUGCUGAGGUUCUGGGAGGCCAGAAAUGUGAGGAAAGGCGGUGAGCUCAAGAGUCUAGACAUGCUCCUCAUCGACGAGAAUGUAAGCAUCUCCUUUCCGAUUAACGCUGUUGACGAUUGGUUCCAUUAUGAUUUUCUACAAAAUAAUUUGUCCUUUCUAACAGUCGCCGGUUAUUCAAAAGGUUCUGUUAAUACGAACCGUCAAUUCAUGUUCAGGCAGCAUCUUAGCGAAGGGUCAGUCUAUAGGUUGAGCGGGUUCGAUGUAACGCGCAACAACCUCAAUUUUCGGAUGGAUGCCCCUUUCUCCAUUCGGUUUAAUAAUAGAACCUCUUUAGUUAAGAAAACAACAUUUAUUAGGCUCAUUCCUACUGCCUUUUCAGAUUCCUAA